CGUUUCGCAGGGGUUCUGGCACCCCUAUCAUGGCGGCGGCGUUGUCAAUGUCAGCGGCUCGGAGGCAGCUUGUGAGGGGGAGAGGCGCGCUCGCUGCCUGCCUGACUCCGGCCAGGGAGUCAUAAAAAAUCUGUUCCACUUAUGGUUUUAUCAUCUCCCCACUGUCCUUCACCAGCCAGGAGAGACCUGGAUCUGACUUGCAUGUCAUAUUCUGAACAUUCCAAUAACCUUAAGAAGCAGCAAUAGUUGAAACCAGGCUGUGUACUGAUACUUCCCACCUUCUUCCAGGCGUACCUUUCCUACCAUGCAGACAAACAGGUCACUGAGCACUUCCACAUGGUGGCUGGCACAGGACCAAGCUCAAGACACGCAACUCAUCACAGUUGAUGAAAAAUUGGAUAUCACUCCUUUAACUGGCGUUCCAGAGGAGCACAUAAAAACCAGAAAAGUUCAGAUUUUUGUCCCAGCACGUAAUGCCAUGCAGGCCGGUGUCAACAACACGAAGAAAUGGAAGCUAGAAUUUGAUACCAGAGAGCGCUGGGAAAAUCCUUUAAUGGGCUGGGCAUCUACCGCUGAUCCUUUGUCCAACAUGGUUCUAGCUUUCUCUACUAAAGAAGAUGCCAUUGCCUUUGCUGAAAAAAAUGGCUGGAGCUAUGAUGUUCAAGAGAAGAGGAUUCCAAAGCCUAAAUCCAAGUCUUACGGUGAAAACUUUUCUUGGAACAAAAGAACAAGGGUGUCCACGAAAUAGGUUGGCAUUGGCUAUCUCUGUCUCACUGUGAAUAAAGUCAGCUGUGCUGUAUUUAUAGUCCACGUAUAAUACAUCUCUUAAUCUCCUAAUAAAUUUGACCUUUAAACUACA